AUGCUGCAAGCCCCCAAAGGCCGCUUCUGUGAAAGUACAGACGGGAGCUCUUCCAGCCAGGAACCAAACCACCUCUGGGACUUGGGCUGGGAAUCUCCCCAAUGCGGCUUCCCAUCCUCAAGCAUCACCCUGCUAGAGGGCCUGGGAGGAAAUUUGCAGUGUGGCAAGGAGCCCGAUCAAGUCAGGCUCAGCUUCAGCUCAUUUGGCUUCUUCUGGCUUUUGUGUCAGGAACUGAUUAGCCCUGCUGCCCCAGGUGGGAGGAAAGAAAGCGCGAGGCUUUACACAAAUAUUUUCACUGUAAUUAACUUUUCGAUGAAGUACCUCGUGUCCCAGACUAGACGACUUCUUGUGACCCAAACGUGCCUGCAUCUUUAUGGCCCCCACACCUUUACCGAUGCUCUUACUAACACCUGGAAUACUCUGAAAAUUUUUGUGACAGUCAUCUACACACUCAAUGAAGGUAUCCUUGAUGAAAAUGUUAAAAGGAAAAAAGAAGGAGACUGGUGGGAAGCCCGUUCCCUGACUACAGGAGAGACUGGUUACAUUCCCAGCAAUUAUGUGGCUCCAGUUGACUCUAUCCAGGCAGAAGAGUGGUACUUUGGGAAACUUGGCCGCAAAGAUGCAGAAAGACAACUCUUGUCCUUUGGAAAUCCACGAGGUACCUUUCUUAUCCGAGAGAGUGAAACCACCAAAGGUGCCUAUUCACUUUCUAUUCGUGACUGGGAUGAUAUGAAAGGAGACCAUGUCAAACAUUACAAGAUCCGAAAACUUGACAAUGGUGGCUACUAUAUUACAACAAGAGCCCAGUUUGAAACUCUUCAGCAGCUUGUCCAGCAUUACUCAGGUAAUUAUUCAUUGCUACUUGGCUCCCAAGCUUACAUCGAGCGAAUGAACUACAUCCAUCGAGAUCUGCGAUCUGCCAACAUCCUGGUGGGGAAUGGGCUCAUAUGCAAGAUCGCCGAUUUCGGCUUAGCCAGAUUGAUCGAAGACAACGAAUACACAGCGAGACAAGGUGCAAAAUUCCCCAUCAAGUGGACAGCUCCGGAAGCAGCCCUCUAUGGAAGGUUCACCAUCAAAUCUGACGUGUGGUCCUUUGGAAUCUUACUCACAGAGCUGGUAACCAAAGGGAGAGUGCCCUAUCCAGGCAUGAAUAACCGUGAAGUCUUGGAGCAGGUGGAACGUGGGUACAGGAUGCCGUGUCCUCAGGACUGCCCUAUCUCCUUGCAUGAGCUUAUGAUUCACUGCUGGAAAAAAGACCCUGAGGAGCGCCCCACAUUUGAAUAUUUGCAGGGUUUCCUGGAAGACUACUUUACAGCAACAGAACCCCAAUACCAACCUGGUGAAAACCUGUAAGUCCCAUGGCCCGUCCGCAGAAAGCAUCAUCCAGGUGGUCAUUCCCCUCCCUCUUAGCUUCCAAUUCAGUAGCUCACUGCUCUUGGAGCAGUGUGGACUCUUCCAGGACCAGAGUGCAUGUGAGUCUGAAGUCUGAAGAACAACCACACCCCUCAUCGAUGACCACUCGUCCCCAGAUCUGAAUGUCCUCUGUGAAGAAUAAAGAGGCACAAACUUGUUAACUUCUCAAGAGACUUUGGAAAAUGCAUUGUAUCGAUGUUAUGUAAACGGCAAAACCUCUUUUCAGUGUAAAUAGUUACUCAGUGCCAAUAACUGACCCUAGUGCUUUCCUUUUUUAAAUGCAAAUCUUAUGUGAUUUUAACUCUGUCUUCACCUGAUUCAACUAAAAAAAAAAAAAACAAAAAAACGAAAAGUAUUAUUUUCCAGAAGUGGCCUCUUUGUCUAAAACAAUAAACUUUUUUUUCAUGUUUUAACUAAAGAAAAUCAGGACAGGUGUUUGUUUUUUGUUUUUGUUUUUUUUAUAAAUAUAAAUAUAUAUAUAAUAUAUACAUACCUGUACAUACAGUAUGUGGGUACUGCUGCAGAGAACUUGUUGCCAAGCGAUGGGCCCCGUGGCUGCAGUACCCAGAGAGUGAUAAUUUUACUGCAAACAUUUAAGAAGAAGAAGAAGAAGAAAAGAAGACAAGCGCUGGUGUUAUUCUGAAAACCAGUGGUCUAAUUUUUGGCUUUUGCCAAGCAUGAAUUUUUUUUAAUCGGAUUGCACUUUUUUGUUUGUCUGUUCGUUUCUGGCUGUACCUGUAGAUGGUUGUAACUUUUGCUCCUUUCAGGAACCACGUGCUGGGUUUAUUGGAAUGUUCCCAAUUUCUCACAGCCAUGUGGUAGAGGAUUUGUUCUUCAAACAAGAGUGAACCUAUUGAAGCAAGAAAACAUACCAUAUGACCAGCCUAACUGGAAGAUAGAUGCUACAAGUACUCCUUGUAUAAAACUCUGUAUACUAAAUAAUUCAGAAAUUUUUUUAAUUUAAUAAACAUUGUAACCACAUUUAAUGGUCUAAAACCCAUAGCAUUUUAGUCACGUCAACCCGCUAACCUGUUUAUCAUGCAGAUAGGAUUUUCUGGGGGAGAUUUGUGCACCAUUUCCCAUUGUAAAACAAGUGUUUUAAAUGUCCUGUACUGCUAAUGAAAUUCCUUUCUCUAUGUCUGAGAGUUCUCCAUUGGAAUUACUAUGCACUUCUUUACGUUUCAUGGGGAUGCACAGAACAAAGUAUUAUGUUCUCUCGUUGUCUGUUUGUACCAGCCUUGAAUUACUUAUGUUUAACCAAAAAAAUGAAAACAAGCAAAUGAAAAAAAAAAAAACACAAAAAACCCACAAAAACAAGACAAAAAAAAAAACCCAACCUCUUAUUUCUAUUGAGUUUUUAAUACUGAGUUGCAAAUUUCAAGGUCUUAAUUACUUUUUUGUUAUGAUUUCUUUGCAAGUUUACAUUUUUUAAUUGUUUAACUUUCUUAAUUUAGUAAUUAAAAAGAGAGCAUUUUACA